AGUCAAACGCAGCUCUUCAACGUUGGCGGUAGCCAAAAAUCAAGCGGAAAACUCAACGUCGCUCACACACAAACACAACACUCACUCACUCAUACACAAACACACACACAUAGUCACACAUACACACACACACACUAACAGAGACACACACGUACACAGUGACAGUGUGCCAUAUGUGUAAUCAAAACGAACGGGCCGCACUAAGAACAAAAGUUUAUAUAUAGAAAAUUGUACGCACAGCUGAGGGAAAAUAAAUUCGGUGUGCAGCUGAAAAUAAAUUAACGAGAACUACGAAGAUUUUUCAGUUCAGUUGUAUCUUAUUAUUUUUACAUAUUUUGUAUGCAAUAAAUGGUAUAUUACGCAUACGCCGCGUGUGGUGAAAAAUAACUGGCGAGAAAGUCUGCGUCUGGCGCCAGCGUCAGCGCCGCUGCUGACGUCGCGACUCCACCCAAAAUUGUAUACCAAAUUUGGUAGCAAACAGUAGUUGCCCUUGCUUAAAUAUUGCAUUGGUGCAUUGGUUAAUGUGAAAACUGUACGUGUGUGUGUGUGUGUGUGCAACAGCAGCAAACAAAAAUUUAAAAAUGCUAGCAAAAUGUUUGGUUCAUGCGAAAAGUUGAUGACACAUUUUGCUGUAGUUUUGACCGCAUUUCUUGUCUCCCAGCCGCUGUUGUUGUUGCUGAUCUGCGGUCCGCCAGCGACACCGCAUGGCGACCCCGCAUCAUCAUUAUCCACAUUUCUGGUGGACGCCUCCGCCGCGGAUGAAGCUGUUGGCAAAUGGGCGACACAGUUUGGCGACGAGCUGUUUCUGAUGGCCCAAAAGAUAACCAAAUCGCAACAGAUCAAAGCGAAAUACAAGGAGUACAAUGCCCGCGUCGAGCUCAAAAAUGGCACCGAACUGAUCAAGUCGAUAACGGCCAAUGUUGGCAAAAUGCUGGCGCGCAAAAUGGACGCAGUGCGCUGCAUUCAGGAACGGGCGGAGAGUGUCAACGAGAACUUUGAAUUCAAUCUAACGUCCGCAAAGGCCAACUUCACCUAUUACUCCAGUAAAUAUUCCAAAUUCAAUGGGAACAGCUCGGAGGAGCUGGAGCCGGGUGAGAAGGAGUACGCGUUCAUGUAUCGCGAUAUGACUCUGAAUCCGGAUACACAUUUCUACAAUAUAUCCGUAGACACGGAGCACAGUUCGGUGCAUGUGCCGUCCAAUGUGUGGGAUCGUGCGCCGCAUGUGCUCAAAACGAUUCAAUGGUCGGAACAGCUGGAUGAGGUCUUCCGCCAAAACUAUCAGUCCGAUCCGGCUCUGUCGUGGCAAUACUUUGGCUCCGACACGGGCAUCCUGCGUCACUAUCCCGCCUCGCUGUGGUCGGACUCGCGUGCCAAUAAACUGGAUGCGGACACAUACGAUUGUCGCAAGCGUUCGUGGUACAUUGAGACGGCGACAUGCUCCAAGGAUAUUGUAAUACUGCUGGAUCAUUCCGGCUCGAUGACGGGACAUCGAAAUCAUGUGGCCAAGUUCACCAUACGCAGCAUUCUGGACACCUUCUCCAACAAUGAUUUCUUUACGAUCUUUCGCUAUUCGAGUGAGGUGGAAGGCAUUAUUCCUUGCUUUAAGAAUGCCCUCGUACAGGCCACGCCGGAGAAUAUCGAUGUGUUUAAUACGGCAAUUGCCGAGCUACCUGAUCCGGAGGGCUAUGCGAACCUAACGCUCGCCUACGAGCAGGCCUUCCAAAUCCUGCGCACCUACUACGUGUCUCGACGCUGCAACGAAACAUCCACCUGCAAUCAGGCCAUUAUGCUGGUCACCGACGGCGUUGCCGGCAACACCACCGACAUUUUCGAGAAAUACAACUAUGGCAACGGCGAGAAUGGCACUUCACGGAUGAAUGUGCGCAUCUUUACCUAUCUACUUGGCAAGGAGGUGACGAAGGUGCGCGAGAUUCAAUGGAUGGCAUGCCUGAAUCGGGGCUACUACUCCCACGUCCAAACAUUGGACGAGGUGCAUGAGGAGGUGCUCAAGUAUGUGGACGUCAUUGCCACGCCUCUGGUGCUGCAGAAUGACAAGCAUCCGCCCACCUGGACGCACGCCUUUACAGACAAAACGUAUGAUCCCAUGAACAGCACGGAACGACGACCCCGACUUAUGAUAGCCGUGGGCGUGCCCGCCUUUGAUCGGUCCUAUCGCCAUGAGAACAGCACCAGACGGAGAGCUCGGCUGCUGGGUGUGGCUGGCACGGAUGUGCCUGUGGAGGACAUUGAUAAGCUAACGCUGCCCUAUAAGCUGGGCGUCAAUGGCUAUUCCUUUGUGGUGUCCAACAAUGGCUAUGUACUGCUCCAUCCGGAUCUGCGACCCAUUGGCUCUAAUGGCAAAAUGAAUCCCAAUUACAAUAGCAUCGAUUUCACCGAAGUGGAGCAUCUGGCUGAGGAUCAGAGUCCACGUCAACCCGGUGACUCCAUAUUGAAUAUACGCGGCGCCAUGGUGCAUCACGAGUCCAAGGAGUUUAAGAAUAUUCCGGUUAAGUUCCACUACGACAAAAUGCGUCGCGUCUCCGAGGAGAAACAGGAUUACUUCUUUGCACCGCUACCGAAUACGCCAUUUACAUUGGGCAUUGUUAUGCCCAGCGAAUAUGGCAAGACCUGGAUCAAAGUGGGCGAUGAGGUGGACAAAAACAAACACAUGAAGGUUAACAUAUCCGAGUUUUUCAUUGGCGAGAACUGGAAAGUGCAUCCCGAUUGGGUCUAUUGCAAGUAUCAUUAUCUGGAGGGACACGAAUUCAAAACGCCCGAAGCAGAGCUACGUGAGUUUCUCGAUAAGAUGAUGAAAAUGGACUGGAAAUGGCCAGAACAAUAUGCCGAGGACGAGUCCGAUUGGGAUGACAAAGAUGAUUUGAAUUGCGGCCGCAAAACGCUCGGAGAUGAUGCCUACUACUGCAACAAGGAGCUGGUGCACUUGCUCAUCUUCGACGCCAAGGUGACAAACUCUAGCUACGGCGAAUGGAAGUUCGAGAAUGAACAGGAGCGUCAGCUGAUCGAACGCUUUGGUGCCACGCUGCGCUAUGUGGCCACAAUGAGUGGCCUCACACGCUGGCAGUUCAUCUACGGCGAGGUGGAGGUCGAUACGGAUCAGGAGUUUGGAGAUUAUCAUACGACAGCCAUCGAUGAGACAUGGUACAAGAGUGCCAUACUGCAGCAUCAUCAGGGUAACACCGAGAGCUUUGUCUAUUCGGUGAAGCACUACAAUGAUCCGUUGGAGGAUAGCGAUCUCAAGGUCACCGCGUCACAUGCCAUAUUUCCGCGCGACGGCGGCAAGGAGGCGCCCGCCUGCGUCGUCGGCUUCCAAUUCUCCCAUGCACGCAUGUGGGAGCGUUUCUUCAACAUCACCGCCGAGGAUAAUUGCAACAAUUGUCUGCCCAUUUGCACGGAUGAUGACGUUGAUUGUGUGGUCAUUGAUAACAAUGCGUACAUUGUUGUUGGUCAGAACAUCAACACGACGGGCAAAUUCUUUGGCGAAUUCCAUGGCGAUGUUAUGGCCGCCAUGGUGCAGAAGGGCAUCUUUCAGAGCAUCGAGGUCUACGACUAUCAGGAACUGUGCAAAGUGGAAGCCACAACGCCCAGCGAUGGACACAGCUUACUUCAUCCGCUGAAAGUGCUGGGCCUGGUCUGGAAGUGGCUGAUAGCGCAACUCUUCUUGCACUACCAGAGGGUUCAAUGGUGGGUGGAUGGUGCGCCCUUUAUGGAAUAUUUGGACAAUAUCGAGGAUGAGUAUGUAGCUGUGGGCGAUAGGAAUUCACCAUCGGCAGCCAAGCCUAAGGAAGAUGGCGAUGAUGGUGAGGCCAUAUUUCAGGACCCGGAACCUGAGCCCGUCUACAAAGCAUGCGAUAUGCACUCAACGCUAUAUGCGCUGCAACCCGAAGCGCUGAUUGGCAUCACUGACUAUGUGGAGGUGCCAUCGACGCGUCCGUUUCUGGUGAAAAAGAUACCCAAUACGAAUCUGGUGCUGGUGGUUGUCAAUGUGCUGAUGCCAUCGCGCAGUGUACGCCUCACCACCGAACCUCAGCCCAUAACUGACUACGAAGAGGAAUUUCCCUGCUACAAGCUCAACAUGAGCUUCUACGAGCGGAGACGCAUCGAGGAGUGCUACACGGAACACGAGGAUGAGGAACUGUUCACCUAUUGCGGCAAUGCCUCGCGGCUGGGUUUGACGCUUCAGCUGCUGCCGCUGACCAUUAUUUUGAUGUUUUACUUGACGCGCUGCUUUAUGCGAGUCUAGUUUAUACAAUCUAUAUAUAUAUAUAUACAUACAUAUACCUAUGUACUAUUGCGAUCUAUUUGUUUUUAGAUUGAAAUCUAUUAUGUAGUACAAUUCUAGUCGAAUGUUUAACAAGAACAACAACAAGAAAAUGAGAAACCAACCAAAACAAAAAGGCACAAUCUAAAAAAACACCUUAAGCAUGUUUAGCAACAACAAUUUCAACUUUUAGACUUACAAAAUACGCCAAAUGUUAGGAGAAAUCGUUUUAUCCUACAAAAUACUAAACAGAUUAGUGGUUAAGCAGUCAAAAGAGUCCCAAUGAGUAUAUUUAGUAUUCCUAUUAUUUCCCCCAUUAUUUUGCUCUUUUGACUUUAUACCAAAAUGUUGUAAGAAAUAUUAAGUUUUUAAUAUAUAUGCAUAUUAUUUGAUAUGCAUAGACUUAGUUAAAUAUCCCACGUUUCGGUAAUGAUUCUUACAGCUUAAAAAUGGUAAACCAAAUGCCAAAUAUUGACGAGAAACGAAUGAAACCAAAAAUAAUUCAACUGACAAUUAUUUUUGUAAUUUUAUAAAAUUUGUUGAUUUUUAAAUGAAUAAAUGUAAACGUAUGACACACAGAGAAACAACACUAUAUAAAUAUUUUGACCCUUUGCCCAAUCGAAUAAUAUAUGAAAGUCCCUCUAAAUUCAUUAGCUUUUCGUAUACAAUCAAAAUAAUUUUAAAUGAUUAAAAUCAAGCGA